UUGUUUUAAGAGACUUUAGUGAUUAUUUUAAAUGAAAAUUGCAAGCUAGUAAAAUAAAUAGAAAAAUAAAAGAUGGUCAUUUUUCGUUAAUAAAACCCCCAAAAAAAAAUCGAACCAACUUUAAGUUCAACGGGUCAAUGACUCCUGUAACGAAAAGAAUUCACGCAACACAUCAAACCGCUAUCAAUGGUCCACUAGGGGAAGGUCCCAGAUACCGAAAAGACCAACCGACUGCAAGGUGGUGCAACAAAUGCGUUUUAGAGCGUCUUCUAAUUUACAUGUAAGAAACACGAAAUCAGAAACAUGAAGCAAAACAACCCAAACCAGAAGCGAACUAAUGCUAAAAGCCACCCACCCACCCCUUUUAGACGCAUGUUUCAAAACAACCACCGGCAAUGUUGGAUUGACUGCGGCACAAGCGACGAGCGUGAGAGCACAAAAACGGUCCCUUACCACCAGCACCAGCAGAUGUCCAGAGAAAGCAUUCACGAAAGAGUAUCCAUGUACAUGUGCUGCGUGCUGCUGGGAAGGUUUGCCAUCGUGAUUCGGGUUGUGUGACCGUGCGCUCGCAGCACCAAAGUCAGUUGGAAUUUGAUGGCCGUGUCGGUCGGUCGGUUUUGGUCUGUUCGGUCGGGCUGUUUGUGGUCGCGCAUUUUGCCGCUUCUCGUAACUCUACGUAAUUUAGAAUCAUAGCCGAUGCCGUGAUGUGAUUUUUGUUUUGCUGCUACGCUUCUACCGAUCUUAGUGAUAUGCUGCAACGUGCAAACCAUGCCGCGUGCGCUCCGGUAUCAGUGCGCUGAUCAGACGCGAUAGAUGAAGCGUAGUGCAACAAGGGCGCAAACAAAACACAAACCCGUGCAGCAACAAAAGAAUGUCCGUGCAGUGUGAAAAUGAUAUUUAUAUUCCGGCAACUGUUGAUGCGAAAAGUGACAGAAGCGAACGACGAGUGAACCGAGUUCAGUGCGUGUUGUAAGUUGUGGUGCAUUUUUGUGACGGGGUGAGGAGUGUGGUGAUGGGAUGAUCAUCCAAAGAGUGGAGUGUUGAUUUGCUUUUCCCUGUUAGCAUUAUUUAUAAACAAGUGCAGUGUGUGUUGUUUCGUUAUACAUACCGAAUACUCCGGGACAAAGCGUUACACUUUACGAUCUUACGAUCGAUUCGCGGCCGGGGGCACAGUUUCACGUGAGCAGGAAGCAAAGUGUGCUAUUGGAAGCAACAUUCUCAUCAACGUCCGACAGUGUAUUUGUAAAGCAUAUUGUACAGUUUGAUGAAACAACAUCAAAGGACGGUUCCCAGAAAAGAUCGUUUCAAGUAGCAGUGCAAUAUCCCGAGAACUCUUAUAACAAACACAUUGUCUCAAGCAUUUUAUAUUACAAAUCAUUGCAACAUUAUCUCGUCCUGGUCAUCACUAUCCCUGUCGAUUCAUUCACCGUUUCCGACCCGCGAUUCUCAUUAGCGAGCGUUCGUGUGUGUUUGCCGUUCCCCAGGACGUCAGCCCUGUCAGCAGAGGGUGGGUCUGGCGCGAUGCAACGAUGGCCACCAUUGCGACGGUUGACGAUGCAAAGUGUGACACCGAGACCAACAGUGACGAGAUUGCCAACGGCGAUGAAGAUGAUGAUGACGACAAUGCGCUGAAACGUUGGCAGUGCACCAUACGCCAACAGGAACUUUUGUGAACAAGUAGCGUUACAUUAAAGUUUAGUGCCCUGCGGGGAACAAGAGAUCAGUGCAAAAGGGUGGUGGCCGGUUAUUGGCUGCGAAGAGGAAAACCCAAAAAAAAGCCAUACCGCCAUACACCUUCGUACACAAUUUACAGAGCGAACUGAUUUCGAUCUCGAUCAAUCGAGAUCGACGAUGGGCGAAACAAUGGACCGGGAGGUGGACGUGCGGGAAGUGUUCACAUCCGGACGGGAACAGACCGGAGCACAAUUCCUACAGGAAACCAAUAUCGAAGACAUUGGACAGCAGUGGUUGACGUUAAAUGGAAGCGAACUGGAUACGGAGUACAAGCAACAAAACGUUGGCAUACUCGAACGGGCGGAAUUCGUUGGCAACAUGUCGAACGUUACGUCCGAAGCGAUCGAGGGCCUGGAGCAACAAAUCAACAGCUUUUACUUCUAUGAGACUGAACAAUUUACAGUAUUAUGGAUAUUAUUUGUGGUGAUCGUGCUUGGCAACACAGCCGUGCUGGUGACGCUUUUUCUAAACAAAAACCGCAAAUCGAGGAUGAAUUUUUUCAUCAAACAGCUUGCUAUAGCAGAUCUCAGCGUUGGACUGCUAAGCGUACUGACGGACAUCGUGCAGCGGAUAACGAUCUCCUGGUUGGCCGGCAAUGUCGCCUGCAAGCUGAUCCGCUUCGUCCAGGUGUGGGUGACGUACGCCUCCACGUACGUGCUGGUAGCUCUUAGCAUUGACCGCUACGAUGCCAUCACGCAUCCGAUGAAUUUUUCCGGCUGCUGUAAGUAUUGUAUAGCACCUUGCACGGAUAGAGUAUUUUUUGUGUGCUAUAUUUAUUUUUAUUCCAAUCACCUGCACUUCUAUUUUCACCCCGACACGUUAUUCGAUCGGCGACUGGGCGCCUCCAUCGAACCAUUUUUGCAUGUAGGGAAGCGUGCUCGUCGGCUGGUGGCCGCCGCCUGGGGCUUCAGUGCUGCCUUUUCGUCGCCAAUGUUUUACCUGUACGAGGAACGCACCAUACAGGAUCAACUGCAGUGCUGGAUCGAACUGGGCGAUCCGUUCCGGUGGCAGGUGUACUUGUGUUGGGUCGCUGCCUCACUCUUCGUCAUUCCGGCGUUCAUCAUUUCGGCAUGUUACGUCAUCAUCAUUCGGACGAUUUGGAGCAAGGGUUCGAUGCUGGGACCGGCCCCUAUCAGUACGGCUGCAAACGGAGCGAAACAUCGACCAAUCCGUAAUGGAGGGUGCGCCGAGCUGGCAAGCAGACGGGCCAGUUCCCGUGGCAUUAUACCCCGUGCCAAGGUGAAGACGGUCAAGAUGACGAUCGUCAUUGUGAUCGUGUUCGUGUUGUGCUGGUCACCGUACAUCGUCUUCGAUCUGCUGCAAGUCUUUGAGCAGAUACCAAAAACGCAAACCAACAUCGCUAUUGCCACCUUCAUCCAAAGCUUGGCACCGCUCAAUUCGGCGGCCAAUCCACUGAUAUACUGUCUCUUUUCCACGCACUUUGUGCGCACGCUGAAAAGACUUCCACCAUUCCGAUGGCUGCUAUCGUCACCGCUUUGCUGUGCCAGCGAGGAAGACCGCUCGGACCGUGCCCGGUGUGGCACGAUCUCGAAUGGAAAUCGCAACCUGCGCAACCAGCACAGCAGCAGCUCGAUGCGAACGCUAACCACCUCGCUGACCGUGUCAACCCGUCGGUCAACCGCCACCAUUUCGACGCGCGGAACAAAUGGUGGACCCGGUGCGGCCGGACGCUUGCUCGUGUAGCGAGGGGUGGUGGGGAGUGGAGUAGCUAGUGGGGCAGCCCCCGGUGCUACACAGGUCUAUCUCGAUACCGAGGGUAAAAUAUUCCUGGUGCACAAGACCGCUCUCCACCAUCGCCUUGCUUAGAAAAUGUGCCCUCGUUACCCUCCACUUCGGAAGGAUUUAACUGACGUGGGUCGGCGUCGGUUUUUUGGAAGGAUCUCAACCUACCAUCUGCCAUCACCUGUGGAUGGGUGGAUGGGCUAGGUGCCAUUCAGUGUUUAGUCUAGUCAGGAUGUGGAUGUGUCAGCAACGAAAGCAACCUUUACCAACUUCCCAAAGACAUCGCAGAAACAUCGAAGAAUUCGCAAACGGCGAGCCUUUUUAGUACGUGGGCUUUGUGAAAAGCACCUCUUGAGCAGCCGAAAUUUAAGCCGGUGCCAAACAACGAAUACCAACCCGUAGAAGAAUGCGUCCCAACAGCCCACCCCCAAUAAAAGGAAGUUACGUUAAACAGCGAUAAAUAAGCCGUGUGCCAAGUUAUAAAACACGAAUUGCGGCAUGCACAUUGCAUAGCGUUAGGCGUUUAGCAGGCAAAUGGAGAGAGCAGCAAAUUUACACAGUAUAUGAUUCUGGAAAUAAUAAAAUAAUCUCUGCCAGCUAAAUAUUGCCCACUGGGUACGUAUCUUACGGACGAAAUUCUUCGAAACAAUCAACCUUAUAAGGUGCGACACCCAAAAGAGAAGAUACUUCGUAAUUUGUACUACUCUUCGUGCACGUGCUAACAACAGCACCAUUUGUCCUUGAGUGAGGAAGUUAUUGCCAUAAAGAACCCUUGUGUGCGUGGUGUACCGCAAAACAAAUUACGAUGCUGUAGUCCUUUCGCAUGGUGUGUUAGCAGACGGGAAAAAUGAUUUUAAUCCAUCGAUGUGCUUUGAUUAGCUUUAGAUAUUUUUAUGUAAAAAGUCUUUUUAUCGCGAGUUUAUAACGAGUGUAAUGGUAUGAUUAGGCUCUCUGGUAGGAAGUCGCUUAGGAACGAUCAAUGUAUAGGUUCGAAAAUGGAUGUGCCUCAUCAAACAGCGAGGCAUUUUCAAAGCUUUUCAAAACAACAAAAUGAUUUUAACACGCACUCACAAGCAUUAAACUCUGUUGUAGUUUUAGUGAAAGAAGACAAAAAAACCUGUAGAGAAUAAUAAUUGAACGUCAUGGUUUCAGUUUUGAAGCAAGCUAGAGAACCACCUGUUGUCUGUUGUGUAAAACUAGUUUCCAUUAGCUUCUACACAAUCGCAUGAUUGGCAUGCCAGGGUUUAACGAACGUACAGACAAGGAUGAAAUGGUUCAAAAAGCGAAAGUACUACCGACCAUCAUCGAUAAGCCUACCUUUUGGGGGAGCUUUUAGACUCACCCUUCACCGAACGGUGUAUAGUUUAGAACGGAACGAUAUCAAUCGGGUGAAUGUGAGCGUGCAUUUUUAUGUAAGCCUUUGUUUCUAUACAAACAUUUCUACCAGAGUAGUGUCAGUAACGCGUCUAAAUUGAUAAAGUAAAAGCUGUUGAUUCUGUUUAGUUUAAAUUUACAACAAUUGUACUAUUUCUCUCGAUUUCAUUCCGUUUGCGUAGCUGUUUACAAAUGCCUGAAAAUAUGCAAACGUAACUAAUCAAAAUCCGAUUUAGUUCUAUAAAAGGGGUCUAGGAAGCUUUUAUUCAUUCAUUUUUGACUGCAGUUCCGAAUGCCCUUUUAGCUGUCUUCGUGUGGCUGUAUGCUUAAAACAACACAAAUUGCAUACCUUUAGGCGCAAACAUCCACUACACAACGCAAUAGUGCAUUCUUUAAGUGGGCAAAUUUGUUUACCUUCUUCUCGACGACCCUCUUCUUCUUCGACUGAUGAUGUUAUAAUACUUGUUUUGUAUAAAGGAAGGAAAUAUGCGAUUUAUAAAAUUGUAAUAACAAACAUUCUUGUAUACCUGUUGAUGAUAUAUACACAAAUAUAAAUGAAAAAUAUAUAAAGAAAACAACAUCGCUGGGAUAAAGCCCUCUUCGAAAAUAAA